GCACUCGCCCGUCUCUAUCUAACCCCGCGCAUCUCAUCUCUAGGUACACCAGGGGGUUAGUAGCGACGCGACGCGCGAACCCUUCGAACUCGCCAUGCCCUCGUUCCUGUCAAAGGUCUUCCCGGGACGUAAGAAAGAGGAUCAUGGCACGCACCCGAGCCCGACGUCACCCACAAGUCCUACCAAUCAAGCGCAAACCAGGGGACGACUUCCGUCGUUGCUAGGCGGAAAAUACGAGGCCGUCUCUGUCCAUUCGUCGUCCGCGCCGCCCUCACCCAUUCAACCCAAGGAGCUGGGCAAAGUGAACGAAAAAGAGAAGGACAAAGAGAAGGACAAAGAGAAAGAGAAGGAAAAGGAGAAAGACGGGGGGCAUGGGGGUUUCGGAGGAAUCUUCAGGGUACGGUCGAGGCCAAUGUCGCCGGUGAGAGGACGAGCGGUGUCGCCAAUACGGGAGCAACCUCAGUCGCCGUCGCUGUUAGACCUUCCUGGGUUGACGGAUGUGGAGGUGCAAAGAUCACUGGGCACGCUCUUCGAGACUGAUCCGGUCGCGGAAACAACCCUGGAUGAGAGCGCCAUAGCGGGGAGGAGGCUGACACCAUUGGAGACGCUCGUGUUGGUGAAAGCGUGUGGAGAGUAUAUUAACGAGCAUGGCUCAGAGACCCUCGGUCUAAUGCACCCGCACUGGUACUCCUCAGAUCCUGCGGUUCAGCGCAAACUGGCUUCGCUCUUCCUCCUCUCGCUCACACCCACCCCCGCUUCCACUACGACUGUAUCGCCAUCCGGCGCGUUCGAGAACGAACUCAACUAUACACGGGAUCCACACGAUGUCGCCGCCGUUCUGCGAUGGGGCCUUCGCCAUUUCGAGCCUUCAACCCCUGCUUCUACGGGAUCGCCCUCAACCACCGUGCACUCCUUUGGCCUGUCACGAGACUGGUACACCAUCUUUCACGACAAUGAGCGCUCGUCCGGGUACCCUCUACGCGCUUUCACGGAAAAGCUUGUUCCGCUCCUGCCGGAGGAGCAUACCUCGCUCCUCAAUGCGAUCCUGGAUGUGACAUCGUGUUUGGCAAGGCACGCAGAAGCGAAUGGCAUCUCAGGGAGCAAGUUUGCGAAGUUUGUCGGGUUCUGGGUACUCGCCGUGCCCCGGAUCGAGCCGAAUGACGACUGGGAGAAGUUCUACACGAGAUGGGAGAGGAACGGGAGGAUGAUGGAGCACUUGUUCCUCGCGCGUAUAAGAGACGAAUCUGCGGUUGCCCCACUCCCUAGACGUCUCACCGAGCUCGUCCAGAACUAUCCGUACUCGUCCUCUCCUCACACCGAUGAUGGAAUCCUUACCCGCCCGAGGUUCUCCACGCGAGUGCAUCCUGCAUUGCUCGUCCGAGUUGACACACCGAUCGCGAACAAAGACGGACCGCGCUCGACUCUACACGGGCUUGCGCUCGUCAAGAGAGCUCUGGAGGCUUCAUCCGAGACGGAGGCGGAUACGAGCACCGAGAGCCAAGACGGCGCAGUAGGUGUUUGGACCAGGAUAAAGUCACUCGCUGUCGUGCCCCCGACGGAGGAAGAGCCGGAUCCAGAACCUGCACUUCAGCUUGUCAUUGCCGACGACAGCAUCACUCUUCUCACUCUCGCCUCAGGUUCGACCACCUCUAUCAAACCGUCGACCCCCGCAGCGCCCUCAGUGCCUGUCGUGCGCGUGCGCGUGCCGCCUCAACACAAAGCCUCCGCGUCAAUCGACACCACCGGCACGCGCACAAACGGGCACAGCCAAUCGUCCUCGUCCGCUACGUCUCCCUCCUCCGCAUGGUCCCCCAUCUCCUGGGCCGAUUUCUCCCAGGCCGGGUUCGGCAGCACGCCGCUCGAGAGCACGCUCGCGAGCACGCUCUGGGAUACCGACCUCGAGAAAACGCAGCCGCCGAGUCCGCACCCGGGCCUCGUGCGUCGGCUGUCGAGCAAAGCGGGCGGAGCGAAGACGCCAAGGAGCCGGAGCGUGAGCCGGCGUAAUAGCCGCCGUGCGCGUGUAUCCGAAUCCGACGGCACGCCGCUCGAACGAGAGACGGAAGAGGAGCCGAAGAAGGAGCGGAAGCAGGUGCAGGAGAGGGUCAAGGGUCUGAAGCUGGUUGAGGUUGACGAAGCUUUCGUUGACUUUUGGUCGGACGCGGUGACGGACCCGAUUGCAAGCGAGUGGCCACCCUUCGCGCUCGCGCAGCUCAAGUCGGUCGAGGGUAUAGAACACGAUGGAAAGCGCGUUGAAUGGUUGGUCGUCGAGCAAACGUUCAGCGAGCCACCUCCGCCACCUCCGCCUGCCCCUCCUGUGCCGACUCCGGCACCGACUCCGGCGGUCAAGCAAGAUGAGGCAGUCCCUAGGGCACCAAAGCUGGGUAGCCCACGGCUUAGUGUGAGCUCGGUCACGAAGCGCUUCACGUUCUUUGGGAGAGACAGCCAGGCUGGGAAGCAUAAGGAUGAGAAGGACCUGGGUAAGAAGAGGCAGACAGGGAUGAAGGUCGGCGAGAUGGGCGAAAUAGUGCGAGAGGAGGAGGAGCCUUCGCUCGGCGGCCAGGCGGCUGUCAAGGAUUCCCUGGACAUCCCUAAAGCAACCGAGGUGGCAAAGGUGGAAGACAAGGACGAGGUAACCAAGUCUGCCAAAGAACCGGAGAAUAUUCCGCUUCCACCGGACACUGCCAGCCAGGCCGAAUCGAACACUUCGGAAGUCAAGAGCAAGUUCGUCGAACAUGCCGAGACCCCCAGCCCAGCGGCCGUCGAUGCCGCCACCAAGACCCCUGAAACCGAUCACGACGCCGAAGUCGCAGCUGCAGGCGUCGCUGCCGCGGGUGUAGUGGCUGUAGCAGCAGCCGUAGCCGACAGCGCCAUCGUCACUGUGGACGGCAUAGACAACGAAGAAGAAGC